ACAACAUGACGUCACUGAAUAGUAUUUAUUCUCGGCCUAACCCUCCUCCUCACGCAAAACGUUUUGAGCGGUGACAGCUGACGAUCAAACCUCUAAGCAGCCAUCAACCUAAAGAAAGUACGAGAUGGCCCGUACCAAGCAGACUGCCCGUAAGUCCACCGGAGGAAAGGCGCCAAGGAAGCAGCUCGCUACCAAGGCAGCCAGGAAGAGCGCACCGUCCACAGGAGGCGUCAAGAAGCCCCAUCGUUACAGGCCCGGAACUGUGGCUCUGAGAGAGAUCCGUCGUUACCAGAAGUCCACUGAGCUGCUCAUCCGUAAGCUGCCCUUCCAGCGUCUGGUGAGAGAAAUCGCCCAGGACUUCAAGACUGAUCUGCGCUUCCAGAGUGCCGCUAUUGGAGCUCUUCAGGAGGCCAGUGAGGCAUACCUGGUGGGUCUGUUUGAGGACACUAACCUGUGCGCCAUCCAUGCUAAACGUGUCACCAUCAUGCCCAAAGACAUCCAGCUGGCUCGUAGGAUAAGGGGAGAGAGGGCCUAAACGGCCAGUGACAGCAUUGUCAACACAAAUGCUCCUGUUUAUCGUACUUAACCAUUUUUUGUGGACAUUAUUUCUUGGGUAUUUUUUUAUAAGUUCUUGAAUUUUGUAUUGUAUUUUAGAUUGAGACAAAACAUCAACCAUUCCACAAGCCUGAGUACACUUAAGGUAGUUGGAAAUGUUGUGCAGUAGGAUUAUAUGUACCUAUCUCACAUGGGUCAUGACUACAUGUAACGCCACAUCCCACUCAAGUUGCUUGUGGGCACCAGGCCUCUCCUGCGGAUAGCUGUCUUUGAAGUGAGAAUGCAUUAUUCAUACAUCUUCCAUGGGGUCCAUGGUUUGUUCAGUCAUACCAUUUACACAAAAUGCCAGCAUGUUUUGCUCAGCAGGUCUCAUUGCGGUGUCAGGGUAUUGCCUGAUACAGCGGUACUCUACAUUCAGUGACAAAGAGCAUGACAGACCCCUCUGUAUUUUUCUGGACUGCUUUUUACAUGUUUUCCAACAUAAAAAUCUUGGCAGCUACAUUUAAUACUAUUUAUGAAAAUGUUGUCACAUGUCUUUCUAUUAAAGGUCUUUAUGAGUAGAAA